UUUUGUCGAUAUUUUAGAAGUACGACAAUUUAAGAAUUAUUUUAAGAGUUUUAAGUUUGUUUUAAAAACCUACCGCUUUUGUCGAAGCUUUUUCCCCCAACGUGACUCGCAACCCGGAAGUGUAAUCUUCUCGUGGGGUAGUACGUAGCGUGGGCUAAUCCUCUUCGCGCUGUGACACUUUUAGCUAAUAUGGAAAACACAACCGACGGGACGUGGGAGAGUUUACCUGUUCGAUUAAACGAUAAUAUCUUAGAGACGCUCCGCGAGCUCAAAUUCACGCACAUGACUCCUGUCCAGGCUGCCUGUAUCCCACUUUUUAUGGGCAACAAGGACGUGGCUGCCGAGGCAGUAACCGGGAGUGGGAAGACACUGGCGUUCGUCAUUCCCGUCCUGGAGUUUCUGCUCAAGAGAGAGGAGAAGCUGAAGAAGAUGCAGGUGGGUGCGCUGGUGGUCACGCCCACGCGUGAGUUGGCGGCGCAGAUCAGCGAAGUGAUGGGACACUUUCUUCCAAAGUUUCCGCAGUUCACGCAGAUGUUGAUGAUCGGAGGCAACAACCCGAUGGAGGAUGUCGAAAAGUUCAAAGGAAGCGGGGCCAACAUCGUGGUGGCCACCCCCGGCCGCCUGGAGGACAUGUUCCGCAGGAAGGGGGACGGCGUGGACCUGGCCGCCUCGGUCAAGAGUCUGGACGUGCUGGUCCUGGACGAGGCCGACAGACUUCUGGACAUGGGCUUUGAGAACAGUCUGAACGCCAUCUUGAGCUUCCUGCCAAAGCAGCGGCGCACGGGCCUGUUCUCGGCCACGCAGACGCAGGAGCUGGAGAAACUGGUCCGCGCUGGACUCAGGAACCCGGUCCGCAUCGUGGUCAAGGAGAAGGGCGCGGCCGCUGACGGCGCCGCCCGCAGGACGCCCUCCAGACUGUGCAAUUAUUAUACGGUGUGUCGCGCCGAGGACAAGUUCAACCAGCUGGUGGCGUUUCUACGGCAACACAAACACCAGAAGCAGCUCGUCUUCUUCAGCACGUGCGCCUGCGUGGAGUACUUUGGCCGCGCUCUGGAGACUCUGGUGAAGAAGGUCCCCGUCCACUGCAUCCACGGCAAGAUGAAAGACAAGCGCAACAAAGUCUUCGCCGACUUCCGGGCUGUCAAAAGUGGCAUCCUGGUGUGCACGGACGUGAUGGCGCGGGGCAUCGACAUCCCCGACGUCAACUGGGUGCUGCAGUACGACCCCCCCAGCAGCGCCAGCGCCUUUGUGCACCGCUGCGGUCGCACGGCGCGCAUCGGUAACCGUGGCAACGCCUUGGUCUUCCUGCUGCCCAUGGAGGAGUCCUACGUCAACUUCCUGUCCAUCAACCAGAAGUGCCCGCUGGAAAAAAUGCCCGCUGUGAGCGACGUGGUGGACGUGAUGCCCAAAGUGAAAGCGCUGGCGCAGGCGGACCGCGCCGUCUUCGAAAAGGGCAUGAAGGCCUUCGUGUCGUACGUGCAGGCCUACGCCAAGCACGAGUGCAGCCUCAUCUUCAGGGUUAAAGAUUUGGACUUUCCCUCGUUGGCUCGCGGCUUCGCGCUCCUUCGCCUGCCCAAGAUGCCGGAACUGCGCGGGAAGAGCUUCCCCGACUUCCAGCCGUCAGCGUUGGACACGGACGCCAUUCGCUUCAAGGACAAACAACGCGAGAAGCUGCGGCAGAAGACGCUGGCAGAGCUCAAGUUGAGGCGGCUGGACGGCGACGAGACGAAAGCCAAGAAAAGUAGCAGCAACCAAGCGUGGUCCAAACAGAAGUCGAAGAAGGACAGACGCAAGAUGAAGGCCGCCAAGAGAAAACGAGCACAGGGCUCAGACGACGAGCGGGACAUGGAGGAGCUCCUGAAGGACACUCGUCUGCUGAAGAAACUGAAGAAGGGGCAAAUCCGCGAGGACGACUUUGAACGACAGCUCACCGGUGGGGCGGAACAUUAAAGACAUUUCUUCAUUUAUUGACGUUUCAUAAAUAGAGCUUGAUGAGCUCGUCGCUGACGGCCGAAGGCGUGAGCACGCCCAGGUCGGUGAAGAGCAGCGUGAUGAGGGAGGGUGGCGUGUAGUCCACCAGGGGGUGCUCCUCCGAUAGGUUGGAGCUACUUUUCAACGUGUCCGCCUUGUACUGACAAAACACACACAUGCAGGCGGGGGCAUGGGCACAUUUUGCGGGCCACAAUAAAAAGAGUCCACAGUG